AUGCCGCGCGCAACCAAAACAUCAUCACGCAGACACGAGUCGGCCGUCGCGCUGCCCAAGCGCGCGUUCGCGGCGCCAACUGCUUCGGAGAAGGUGUUGCCUGGUGCUAACCCCUUUGCGACGAUUGCGGAACCAGCCCCAACAAAGCCGGCCAAGGUAAAGGAACCGGUGUUUUACGGCUCGAUUGCUGCUGGUGCAGCCGCGCAUCCCUACUCGCGCUCCCAUUUUCGCCGGGAGAAGCGUAAGGCCAAGUCUGCGGUCGCGUUGGGUGGGGGACUGGGAUCGGUCGCUCUCGCACUUGGAGAGGUUGCUGGUGAUGAGCCGGUGGACAAGGUGGAAAAAGGAAAGGCGAAGAGCAAGAAGGAGGUGAUGGAGGACGUUGUCCGGCGACGGGAGGAGGAGGCGCGGAGAAAGGCGGAGGAGGGCAAGAUUGGCGAGGGGGCGGGACAUGGGCUCAAGGAGAAGGCGCGGAGGAAGCAGAUCUCGGCCAACGCACAGCGCAUCCCGGCAGUCAUGGCACACCCCGCAUUCAAGGCCAACCCGUGGGCUACGAUUCGCGAGCACGCCUCCAACUCGCUUGCUGAGGCUCAGGCUGUCAAGGACGUCGCGGAGCGCAAGAAGGCGACGGCAGCGCAGCAGGAGCGGGACAAGGUGCGCGUGCCUGCUAGCAUGAAGGGUAUGGAGAUUGAGUAG